AGUCAUGUUCCCUUCAGGUCUGUUUGGAAGUAGGCCUACUUUGGACAGUUAAACGCUCGUUUUUGCACGUUUAACGUCGAAAAACGUGCUGUAGUCGCGUGUUAUGGCACUGCUGGAUUUCCAUAAACCCGGAGCUCAUUGACAGCUAAGACGGAAACUUUAGUUUAUCUGAAUGUGUAUUGGAGAGUGUGACCGAGUAUGUAAUUGGUACGAGAAUUAUCCCAACAAGGGCUCGUGUAACAACAUCCAUCCAUCAGCCCGGGGGAGAUCCUCGCAGAGGCAGCGGAGCAGCACAGCCUCUGUUAUUAGCCUCGCUGUCCCAGCGAGCUGCGGUGUGAGGGAGCAGGCUUUACAGAGGGUCCUCGGUCCUCACAGUGUCCAGCUCGGCUGAGAUAGUAGCAGUUGACCAUUAGACACCCGGCUCUCUUUAUUUCACAUGGGCGAAGACAAAGAGGGGUUCAGCGGACAGACUCGGCACGGAGGAAACAAAGAACCGGGAGAGACCGGAGCCGGAGAGCCUCUGGACCCGGGCAGAGAGGGGAGGUAUGCGGAGCUGUUCAGCCAGCUGGACCUCAAUAAAGACGGCAGAGUGGACAUCAGUGAGCUGAAGACUGGACUGGCUGCUCGGGGGUUACAGCGGGGGGAGGCGGAGGAGAUAGUCCUGGAGAGCGACAUCAACCGCGAUGGUUUACUGGACUUCCACGAGUUCUCCCAGUACCUGUGGGUUCACGAGAUGAGGCUGUGGCUCCUCUUCAACAGCCUGGACCGCAACAAGGAUGGUCGAAUCGAUGUGGGGGAGAUCCAGCACUCACUGCACAGGCUGGGUGUGGAGGUCAGCAUGGAGCAGGCCUCCAGGAUACUGCAGAGUAUGGACAGGGACGGCACCAUGACUAUUAACUGGAAUGAAUGGCGAGAUCACUUCCUGUUCAACCCUUUCCACAACAUGGAGGAGAUUGUCCACUACUGGAAACACUCCCAUAUGUAUGACAUCGGGGAACAUCUGACAGUACCGGAUGAGUUCUCGGAGAAGGAGCGGCGGUCCGGUCUGGUGUGGAGGCAGUUGGUUGCCGGGGCGAUGGCGGGGGCGGUGUCCCGGACAGGAACCGCUCCUCUGGACCGCCUGAAGGUCUACCUGCAGGUGCACGGCUCUACGUCUCGAGGGGUUAACCUGUGGUCCGGCCUGAGGGGGAUGGUCCGAGAGGGGGGGGUCUCCUCACUGUGGAGGGGAAACGGCAUCAAUGUCCUCAAGAUCGCCCCGGAAUCUGCCAUUAAGUUCAUGGCCUAUGAACAGAUCAAGUGGAUGAUUCGAGGAAGGAAAGAGGGGGGGGGUUUGAGGGUUCAUGAGAGGUUCAUUGCUGGCUCUCUGGCAGGAGCCACCGCCCAGACCAUCAUCUACCCGCUGGAGGUUCUGAAGACCCGUCUGACUUUGAGGAAGACGGGACAGUACUCGGGGAUGGCUGACUGUGCCAGACAGAUCCUGACGAGGGAGGGGGUCCGGGCGUUCUACAGGGGCUACCUGCCAAACACACUGGGCAUCAUCCCCUACGCUGGCAUCGACCUGGCAGUGUAUGAGACUCUGAAGAACGCCUGGCUACAGAGGAACGCUGCAGACUCAACAGAUCCAGGAGUGUUGGUUCUGCUGGGCUGUGGAACCAUCUCCAGCACCUGCGGCCAGCUGGCCUCCUACCCCCUGGCUCUGAUCCGCACACGCAUGCAGGCCCAGGCCGCACAUGAGGGCAAACCCAAGCUGACCAUGGUGGGCCAGUUUAAACACAUCAUAUCCCAUGAAGGAGUACCAGGACUGUAUCGAGGACUCACCCCCAACUUCCUCAAAGUCAUUCCAGCUGUCAGCAUCUCCUACGUGGUGUACGAGCACAUGAAGAAAGUUCUCGGGGUGGCUUACUAGACGGAGAAAAAUAAUAGACAUUUUGAUAAAUUGUUGUUCCAAAGACACUAAGUAAUACGGUACAGGAGCUAGUUUUACUGAUAUCGGGUCCCUUAUAUGUUAUAUACUAUUAUUAUUAAGGUACUUGGACUAAGCCAGUAGCCGGCGAUGCUAAGUCUCUUAAAGUAAUUCUAAAAGUAUUUUAUUACUAAAACAGUUCAUCUCUGUAAAGUUAGAGACAGUAAGGAGAGCUCCUAAGAUUGUACACACAAAUCACACACAGCAGGACAGGCUCCCCCAGCAGGUUCUUUAAUACACUGAAGAAGAAACUCUUGUAUUUCCUCUUUGGAGAACUUGCCAUGGUGAGAUAAAUACUUCCUGAGUUUGGCUUCAGGUGUUCUGCUCAACAGGAGUGAAGCCUGAACUGUAAAAAAACAGAAAUUACAUUUAUAUCCAUAAAGUGCUUAAACAAAGUCAUGGAAAAACAUACUGAGUGGACUUUUGACACUGUUGUUUGGUCUGACAGUGCUGCUGUCUAACCCUCAGCCUCUCAGCGCACAAUGUGGCAACACAAGGAAUGUGAAACUGUACCUGCAGUCUUUUGAGGUUGAAGAGAGCAUAUAUGAAUGACUGUCCAAAGGCUCACAGGCUCAGGUGUAGGGUGUUUUACCCGAGUAAGUUAGCAGACUCUAGUUUCAUACUGGUAGUACAGUGUUUCCAGGUUACAAGACUGAAGACUGGCUAAUAAUGACAAUAAUGUUCUUUAUGGGCUGUCUCUCUCUCAGCCGUCUGAGCUACUGACAUCAUGAACCUCACAGUUAAGGUAAGGUUAAGUUUCUGUUCACCCCUGAGCUCCAUCAGCCUCCAGACAGGCUAAUAGAGUGGUGCAGGAAUGAGUCUUUAAACACGGAAAUGAGAAAGCAUUUUCCUACUUCCAGUUCCCUCAUCUCGAAUUUAACGUUUUUUUCUUUUUACUUGUUUUUGGUUAAAAGCCUGAAAUAAGGUCUGUGGUUAGCACAAGAAGAGAUGUUUGUUCUAUGACAUAAAAUACGCCAGUAAAUACCCCACUGGUGCAAAUCUGAAGAGUCAUGUGUCAUGAACACAGCUGCUGCUAACAAGUGAACAUGGGACUGCUGAUUGUCAUCAUGCUGAACAUUAGCCGCCUCUAGCUUAGCGGUGAUGACGUGAAGUCAUGUGACCAUGCUGUGUUUUUUUUAUAGCCUUAAGUUAGCUUUUUAAUUGUGGCGAUUGCAUUUCAACAGUUUCACUGUUACCCCUAGAUUCCACCGGGUCCGUCUGCGUCGCGUUGCGGCUGCGCCGCGGCCUU